UUCAUGUAAUGAUUUGUCCUUUGGAAUAAUGUCCGUAAUAUCGUAUGAAAAGAGAAAACACUGAGAGAUGGUUUUAUCUUUUUAUUCUAUGAAAUUGGCGGACUUUAUAUAGGUAAAUUUCACAAGGACAGAGUGACCAGAUAUGACGAAAAUGAACUCAAAUGACAGCAUAACCAUGAGUUUGAGAAAAGAUUCAGCUGAGGGGACAGAAGAAAAUAAAGAUGACACUUUAAGUCAUUGUCACACAGAGAAGAAUCAGGAUAUUUUCGAUAAGAAGGCCAGGAGACAGCUCAUUAUUGCCAGUAUCUUCUGCUCCAUCUUCAUGAUUGGAGAAGCUGUUGGCGGGGCAUUAGCUGGAAGUCUUGCUAUUAUGUCGGAUGCUGCGCACCUCUUAACAGACUUCGCUAGUUUUGGAAUAAGUUUAGUUGCGAUGCAUUUAACAAUUAAAAGGAGGACGAAGAAAUUAAGUUUUGGAUGGUACAGGGCAGAAAUCAUCGGUGCCUUGAUGUCCAUUUUGUUUUUAUGGAUACUGACAGGUGUCCUUGUCUACCUCGGUGUAGAGAGAAUUAUAAAUCCAGAUUACACCAUCGACCCCCUCAUAAUGUUAAUUACGGCAUCAGCUGGAGUGGUCAUCAAUGUCAUUAUGGGUACCACACUUCAUCAGGGAUCGGGCCAUAACCAUUCACAUGGUGGCGGCUCCGGAUACAGUCCCACCGACAGUGGUAACCAGAGUCCCGCGGAGGAUAACUCACAAGAAACUAACAGCAGACAUCUUUUAGAUGAUAAACAGAAACUGGUAGAAUAUGGUUCCAUAUCUAAUCAAAACGUUCACGAUGUUGAGAAAAAUGACCAUGCACAUGGCCACUCACAUAAGAAAGAGAAGAAUAUAAAUGUCCGCGCAGCCUUCAUUCAUGUACUGGGUGACUUGGUGCAGAGUUUAGGGGUGCUGGUUGCUGCCGUAAUUAUUUGGUUUAAGCCGGAAUGGAAAAUAGCAGAUCCCAUUUGUACCUUUCUGUUCUCAAUCCUCGUUAUUUUCACCACCAUGCAUAUUGUCAAAGACAUCGUCAUUGUCUUAAUGGAAGGUGCCCCUCGCACGGUGAACUUUGUGGACGUGACCCAAAGUCUUCUUGAGAUUGACGGGGUGAGAGAGGUACACGACCUGAGAAUGUGGUCCCUUUCCAUGAACAAAAUCGCCAUAGCCGUACAUCUAGCUGUUGAGAAAGACAGGGAUCCAAUGCACGUACUUAGAGUGAGCACACGCAUCGUGAGAAAAAAGUUCGGCAUAUCUGAAAGUGUGAUUCAGAUAGAGGAAUACCAUCCAACCAUGUCUGACUGCCACGAAUGUCGAGAUCCGCCCGACUAACCAACAACAAUGGAGCGGAUCAUUCUUAGAUCAUUCUCUAUGGAAAUUAUGAAUCUUGUUAUACAUUUAUUGAGUGAAGAUGUUGGAUGCGCAGCGCAUGGAUAUUUUAGAGAAAUUAUAUGGUGGAGCGGAUGGCUUACUUGUCAUUUCUUAAUGCCACAUGAUAAUGAAAGAAGACAUUAUGUUAAAAUGCUAGUAUUUUAAUCUAUCUUUGCGCAAAUUGAUUUGUUUUCAAUAUAGAUUGUGUAACGUAUGGAUGGAAUUUCACUUAAAUCUCACUUGAAUUGCUUUAGCAAUAAUAGUAAUGCACUUUGUAGCAAAUUCAUCAUGAAGUAUUUAAGACUAAUUCAAAUUGAAUUAAAAACUACAUUUGGGUA